UGACUACAAUUCCCAUCGUGCUUUGCUUUGUUAUUAUUCUACCAGUUCAAAAUGGCCGCGCCAUCGAGCCUCUCUGAUGGUUGUGCGCUGGAAAGAUGUCUAAACAGACUGACAGCCGCUUCUUCUCCUUCGCUUAAGGCUAAAUCACAAGCCGAGCCUCUGUAUAUGAUUUCUCUGGAGCGUUAUGGCAGAGACCCUCUUUUCGGCGUGCAUUUCCCGGACAGUAUCUCUGAGUCAGAGAGUCUGUUCGACGCUGUUCUGACUGACGGCCACUGCAGAGUGAAGGUGGCUCUGGAUCCCAGCCUCAACAAACUCAUCCACAGGAACCAGCUGCGCUGCGGCAGCGCUCUGAGAAACGUCGUGUUUUCAGCUGGAGGCGACGACAGCCAGGCACAGGGCAGGACUUUUACCGUCUGCAGCCUGGAGGUGGACAGUCUUUGCGGCGUGGACGCGGCCCUCCGCGCUCUCUCCUCAGUGACCGUUAGCUCUCUGCCCUGGCUGGGCUCUGAACCUAGCAGUCUGCCUCUGAGAGCCCGCAGGAGCACUUACCUCCCUCUGUGGAACAACCACGACUUCACCGGGGAUGUGUGGAGAGACACGCCUCCCUCUGAACACGGCGAAGGAGAAUCUGAGGAUGAAGCGGCAGAAGCUGCUGGCCGGCCAGUAUUGUCUCUAGCAGAGCUUCGUCGGCGCUUUCUAAAGGGCUCAACGCGACCAAGAGGCUCUCUUUGUGUGCGGAUUCUGCACAAGUCCAGACUCAUGUAUUAUGGGAAAGCAGAGCAGAGCUGUGAAUGCCCGUAUAAGGCUGAGCUACAGGUAGCGGAUGGCUCCUUGAGUGUGUGUGUGGUGCUGUGGAACACUGUUUGUUUAGACUGGUACCGCUGUCUGCAGCCUGGUCAGGUUCUGAGGCUGAGCCGCUACCGGGUCAAGGAGAGCUACAGCAGCCGCAGUGCACACAAUGCAGAGCCAAACAUUGAGAUCAGUCUCAACUCAAGAAAUCCCAGUGCUGAAGUCUCCAUCAUUCCAAAGCAGCAAGUUUCUCCACAGUGGAGUUUACCAAGCCUGCCUCACAACUUCCUCUGCGGAAAGGAGCUGCUAAGUUGUCCUCCUAGCAACAUCUGUGAUGUGAUCGGUGUUGUUACCUUUGUGGGUCGCCAAGAACGUGUUAGGAAGAAGGAUGGGCAGAGAACAGAAUUUGAAGAGUACCGAUGGCUUCGGUUGGAGGAUGGGACCUCAGAUCAGCCAAUCACAAUCAAGCUUUUUUCAACAUCACAGCCUGAAAUACAGAGCCGAAUCCAACCAAUGGCACUGCUUGUUUCUACUAGGCUCAAGCUAAUAAGAAAUACAGUUGGCAGAGCUACAGCCUUUGAAUACCUGACCAACACACCAAUUACCCAGGUGUACUGUACAGGUACUGGUUCCCACCCUGUCAUGCCGUACAGAAGACUCCGCCCAAUCAGGCAGUUCCUGCAGUGGCUGAAAGAGGUGGAUGAGGCCAGCAUGCUGGACAGGGCUGUGAUUGGGGGCUGCUUCAGUUACCCACCCCUACCUAUUUCCCUGCAAAGCUUCAUGGACAACAGAGGAGGGGAAGCUGGAUUUAUCAGUGGGGGAGAAAUGAAGCUGCAGUGUGACAGGCUGCAUUACAGGGAGAAGCGACGUUUCGCUGUUCUGUGCACCAUUACUGCAGCCUGCUACCACAGCAGAGAGGAUUCUGGGAGGAUGCGAUAUUCAGACCCACCAUCUGCCCAACUCAGCCCUAGAGUGCCAAGACAGAAAGAGAGUUCUGACCUUUUUAGGACUCCAACAAAACGGAAAUUGAUCUUCACCGCAGGCACAGCCAGCAGCGCCAGGAAGAGGUUGGCUCCACCUCUUCAGCAGGCAUCAACAGAGGAAGAUUUAGAGAAUGAGUUCUCUCUGUUUGAUGGAGCUUUGGAAUUUCUGGUUGGAGAAGAGGAGGAUGAUGACGAGGAUGACGAUGAAGAUAAUGAAAGUUUCUCCACUGCACCCACUAGCCCUAUGUCUUACCACCUUGGUUUAACCCGUGUUGCCAUGGAGACGUUGCCACGGAGCUUCUGUUAUGAACGACGGCAUGUCCAGGCUGCUGCUGUGGGAAUGCAGACCAGCAGCUUCCAUAAGCUCCUCCCACACAGAGAACUGGAGACCUUUAGCCCAGCCCACUGUUACACUGGCUACUUCACAUUAACAAUGAAAGCUCUGUCUGAUGGAGUUAUGCUGGAUGUUCUCUUCCUCCCUGCCACUCCUGGAAACUUGCAUUGGAGGCCCCUCCCCAUCACACAUGACAACACCUGGGAUUCUGUCCUGUCACAUGGUGGCUUUUCACCACAUGCUCCGCCCCCAACCCCAGCUGACUUGAUUGCCACAGCAACACAGCUGACUAAUCGGAGACUGGUUUGUGUGCUAGAGGCCUGUGCUCUGGGUGGAGACAAAGUGGAGCUUAUUUUAAACCGUGCCUUUCCUCUACGCAGCUGACCAAACUACAAAAGAAACUAGAAAUCAUUUUCCAGACACAAUACAUGUCACCUAUAGUAGUCUGCAAUCUAAGCAACAGAGAUACUGUGUCAGGUCCAUAUUUCUUGCUUUUGUUUUGGAUAUUUCUGUGUACAUACCUGUAUGUAAAUAUCAGAAAGUGCUAAAUGUUUAUUAGUAACAUCUUUAAUUUUAUUAUUAAAUGUCCAUAACUUUUAGCCUUCAGAUAAGUAUUCAGUUACUUGGUAUUCUGUUGAAAUCCAGAAUGAAAAAAAACAACACUUUGAACAGUUCAUUAGAGUAAAUACAGUACUGUGCAAAGGCCAUUGGCCACCUCUCAUUUAUUGAAUUUCCAGUGAAAAUGGCCAUCAGGUCUAUUCAUUCGGAAAAGUUGCUUUCAGUCUUUUAAAGAAAUCUGCAUGGAUAUUUUUCUACACCUUCAAAUUUCAGUUUUAGGAGUUGUUUGAUUUUUUUUUUUUUUUUUUUGUAAGCCAAAUUACAAAUUUAGACUCUUUGAGUCCGUAAAACCUUAGAACACAUCUCCAGUUUGUGUUCUAGUUAAAAAAAAAUUGUCCAUUUCCUUUUCUCAGUAAUGGCUUCUUGAGAGCUACACGUCCUUUCAGACUCAUAGCAUGGAGUUGUCUUACAAAUCUGAAAUAAAAGCAGAUAGAUUUUUUUCCUCUUUCACAAAGGGGAAAGCUUUAAGGACUGUUUAUCUGAUGGUGAGAGUGUUGAUGGUCUAACAGAUGUUGUGUUCUUUUUCUCUAGGCCUUUAAAUCAUUUUCUAAACUUCUGUUUUGGAGACUCUGAUUUUUUCAUGUAUUUUCCCUUUUUUCCUCUCUUCCCUUACAUAUGCAAGUGGAUUACUGUAUAUCUAAUCAUCUCAGAAAUGUUUUCCUGAAAAAUUAAUAAAUAACUAACUUAAUGACCAUUUCAGCUGGAUAUUGAAUGAACAGUGGUCUCUGACUUUUGCACAGUAGUAUAUGUUGUUAAAUGUAUUUGUUAAUAUUAAGACAUUGAUUAGAUUUAUUCAUUUAAUUCUUAAGCAUUUAGCGAAAUCUUUU